AUGUGGUGGCUGGCGGUGAUCGGCUUCAUCUCCGCCCAUCCAUCGUCCCCAUCAUUACCGAAAUUGCCACAUAAUUGGUUAUCACUAGCGGCUCUGACCCCGACCGAAGCUCCCCCCUCCCGGGAACUCGAUUGGUCGACCCAUUCAUCGAAACUUUGCUCUCGUCUCAUUGGUUUGAAUCCAGUGCAGAAAGAUGUUUGUGCAGAGAAUCCAUUGGUAAUUCAAUAUGUGGCUCGGGGGAUUCGUGAGGCUCUCUACCAUUGUCAAGAUCAAUUCAAAAAUGAGAGAUGGAAUUGCUCUGAUCGUCAUGAGGUCACCGAUACAUCAUAUGGGACAUUCAAGGAUAUUUUGGGGAAAACACUCAGAUCGGCCACCCGUGAAGGAGCCUUUCUCACAGCGAUCUCCACUGCCGGCCUCGUUUAUGAGGUGACGAAGGGGUGCAGCACUGGAAACCUAUCUGAAUGCGGAUGUGACACAAAACCGGACACUCAACGAUACACUGACACCAUUGAAAUGCAACAAGAACCCCGGAAUCCGACUCACCACCGUCUCGGGCAACGAUCAAUCGAGCAUUUUUCAUGGGGCGGAUGCUCGGACAAUGUUCCCUAUGGGAAGAAAUUUGCGCGAAGGUUUUUGGAUGAUUGGGAGACGAGGGAAUUCGAGAAAGAUGGAGACGCGAAACAUCUCGUUCAUAAGCAUAAUUUCUUUGUUGGUCGAGAGCAAAUCGCUCAAAACAUUCGUCGAACAUGUCGCUGCCACGGAGUGUCGGGGAGUUGCGAGUUCAAAACGUGCUGGUUGACGAUGCCGAAAUUCAGCGAAGUGGCGGAGAUGCUGAAGAAGAGAUACGACAACUUUGCCGUCCAGGUAGCCAAGAAAGUUCGGAAGAGGCUUCGAAGGAAGGAAAGAGGACAGAGACAACUUGAGAUUCGAGGCAACGAGUUGACAUAUUUACUUCGUUCUCCAUCCUAUUGCGAAAGAAAUGAUACGCUUGGCAUUUUGGGGACAAGUGGCCGAGAAUGCGUCCACAGAUCGCACAACUCAGAUGAUUGUGAUUUGUUGUGCUGUGGAAGAGGUUACAACACUCGAAUGGAGAGAAGAACGACGCAGUGUCAAUGCAAAUUCGUUUGGUGUUGUCAGGUGAAAUGCAAAGAGUGUAUUCAUGAUGUGACCGUGCACACGUGUAAA